AUGACGUCGAAGGUUUUCGAUUCCAUACAGCGGCGCCCUCGUUCUCUGGUUCCACUGGGGGACCGAGAAACCGAGAACUUUCGCGCCAAAUACAACGCUCGGACUCACGACGUUGUCGCAUUUGUACUCAAUCACAAUCUCGUCUUAUGUCUGAUUACAUGUUAAUUCUAAUAUUCUCGAUUCAUGCUUACCAGAAGUCCUGGCUAAUGGCCAAGCCUGACAUCAUCCUAGACAGCUGUAUGAUACAUGGCAUCAUGGAAACAAAAGGAACCUUUUAUAUCUUUUCUCAGGUGAACCGUGAAUCCGGUGGCGAGAGUGGGGUUGCUGUAUUCAAGCAGCUGAUAAACCUGCUGGGCGGAGAGAAUGUUGUGAACCUCGCUCAGAAGGAAGAGCCUGCGGCGACUCUUGCGGAAUUGGCGUUCUUCGUAGUCUCUCAUGCUGAGUGUGCUGCCAUUAGGGGCCUUGAGGAAAGAAAAGAGAAUUUUGGAAAUGCUCUACUAUUAACUUGGUUAUAUAUAAUAUAAUGCUCUUCAAGUAUUUCUUUGUCUUUCCCCCUUCUGGUCAAACUUGUCUAUGCUGUAACUAAUGUUCAUCAAUAGAGUACCAGUAAAGCCACAGACCUCUAACAGUAGUUCUAGUUCUUUCUCUUCUGCUGGUGGCCUUAACGUCGAGAGGGAAAUUUUGGAACAACAUGCACUAUCGCGAUUUGACGAAAACCGAGACGCAUUUACUAUUCGAGACUUGAGGACAGCUGGCUCGAGCACGACGCCAGCACAGUGGCUGAUAAAAAAUCACGAUCUAGCCGUCUUUGAGGAUGCUUUAGAACAAGAGGAUGACGAUGCCGCACUCUCGAUAUCCACUGCUAGUUCGGUGGAAUUGAACUCCAGCACGGACGCUGUAAGUCCGACAUCAGACGAGACAGCGCCACCAUCGAUGGCGUCAACAGAAGCAACGCGAGUAACGCCAAUCCCUGCUUCGCGCCGCCCAUCUGACUCUUCGUUGGCCGCGCUGUCAGCCUCCUCACCGGCUUCGCCCAUACGGCCUUCGAGAAUUAGCAUGCAUCGCUCGUCAACUUAAGUCUGGUCUUGUUUUGUCAGAGUUUGUGAGUCUCUCCAACUCCAUGUAAUACAGCACUGGUUGAUCAUAAACAGCCUUGAACAGUUCGGAAGAAUGCAUGAGCACCAGUAAAAACCCGCGAGAACAAGCUCUAAGCUAUGCCCACAUCGUCAAAACGAGAGGCACAUACACGCUCGCCCUCCCGUCCUCGUCUUUCCGCAUCGACUGAUUACCGCUGGGAUGCGCAAAAAGACACACUAGAUCAGCAGUAUGAUGAGGACUGUUUUGUGAAUAUGAUACACUUCAAUUAUGAAUUUGAUACUGGUUCUGUUAGUACGAUACUUAAACUUGUUAGAGAGGCAGGACGGACUCGGACGGUUGUGAUAGGUAAAUAAGACGGACAUUCUCCCUGUUUCUCGUCUCUUGCAUCUUAGAAGGAAGAAGACAAGGCCGCCACCGCCCUCUACGUAAGUACUUCGCUUCAACUACAACACCUCCGUGCGGCCCUUCCGUUUUUUGGUAUGCGGUGGUGACGGGACGGUGACUUGGCUGUUAAACGAGAUCUCGCAGUUUCCAGCGCUUGCAAACGUCCCAGUGGCUAUCUGUCCUCUAGGAACUGGAAACGAUCUGGCUCGAAGUCUUGGUUGGGGAAAGGGCCUCCAGCGAAUUCAAGACUUGGGCCGUUACAUCGAAAACACUAUGCUCGCAGAUGUGGUUUCCUUGGACAGGUGGAAACUAGAAGUAGUUCCCGAUGGAGCGCUUCCCGACGAUCAUCCGUUUCUCGAAGUCGGAAACUGUGCGCCGAAACAGCUCCCGAUUUCUUCGCCUUCACCGCGCGACCACCGACUCGGACCGAGAGCAGAUCCACCUAAAAAUGAUGUUAAUGUUUUUGCUGCUGGAACUGGAACUGGAAGUAGUCGUGGUAGAAAACAAAGACGCUCUACUUCCGAUGCAAUUUCAGAGAGCGCUACUAGCACAAUGACAACGACUACGACCAGCAGCACGCGUGCAUCUAGUAUUGCCUCUUACAGAAAACGAGAAGGCGCACAAGUAGCGAGGCCAUCGACAUCUCCAGUAAACAAGAGUGCGACUGCGACAUCUUCUACGAGGCUUGACUUAUCAUCGUCUUCGUCCACUUGUUCGGCGAUUUGGAAACCACCGAAAUUUGUCGGCUAUUUUCAGUGCUAUUUUAGCAUCGGUCUUGACGCUGAAAUCUCAUAUCGUGUUGAACGCAGUCGCAAACAAACACGCAUAGGCCGGUCGUUUUUCAGGGCAGGACUUGGAAAAUGCUGCUACGGCUGGCAGGGUUUUGCUCACGUCGGCUGCUUUCAACGUUAUGACCCAAGUUGAUGAUAUUGCCCGAAAUGAGCUUCGUCGAUUUAUUCAGUGUCCAAGGUCCAAAUCUAAGUAAGUAGACGAACAGUUAUCUUCGACUUUCGAUAGUUUUGCGAGAAAUAUCUUCUACACCUUUCAUAUUCCGAACUUCUGUUUCAACUCGACGCUGCUGACGCCUGACGUGCAUAUCCUGCCGUUCGAGAAUGUCGUUAAUGCCGGCUGUCAAGAAAAGCAGGAAGCCUCUAUCUCACGUUCUGCGGAAAAGAAUCUCAACAACAAGUCUGAUCAAACUGCUUCAUUAUCUACUUCAAGAUCGAUGUCUAAUCCUUCGAUGAUUUUUAGACGAGGUAGUGGCAACGCAUCACCAUCAUCAGCUUGUUCUGAUGUAGUUGUAUUAGAUGAGAAAACCUUGGACAAUAUGCGGAAGCAGGCUGGGGAAGUAGAUGAAGAGGCUUGUAGUCAGAUGCAAGUUUUCGAGCCGCUUGCCUCUAGAAAAGUCCAAGACUGCCUUCUCCGGGGCCGAGUGCGCCAACUGACCCUGGUAAACAUCAACAGCUACGGCGCAGGAAGUGUACCAGUUAAGGCCAUCAAAAUUGCUUCAUCAUCAUCUUGACCUUCCUCCUCCCUUUGAAAUAUAUCUGUUGUGCUUUACUGCGUGUUUCCAGAGAGAAACUCGAAAAAUACAUUUUGCACGGCUCUAAGCCACUGGCCCCUGAUGUGCAAGAUCCAGGUGACGGCCUUCUGGAGUUCUGCGCUGUACGGAAUCCGUUUUUUGAUACCGCUCUUUUCUGCGGAUUCGCCAGAAUGCAUUUCUUGGAACAGGUGAGGAGGAAAUGCUGCUAGAAUAUUCACUUGACCGUUACUGGGCUACUGAGCCUGAUGAAUGUUGGUACCCUUACCAGAUACUAGGCAGCACCGACGAGUGAGAAGUAGCAGGGCUACUGCCUGCUGCUUACCCUUAUUUACUGCCUGCUUACCCUGCCUUACCUCUAUUUCGUGAAUUCUUUUCGUGAUGAGUAUUCUAUGAUUUUCAGGUACCUUGUCUGAAGCUGCGCGUCGAUAAGGGCGUUUACAUGCAGUACGAUGGAGAGGCGUGGCACUUGCCUACUGCUUGCACGCUAAUGAUUCGGAAAGACGGGACAUUACCUAUGCUGCGUGCUCCGAAGAGCGCUAACCAAUGGAACCAUCGGCAAGGGCACCAUUUCUGGAAUCCAUCAAGUCACUGUGACUGAAGGGUUUCGUGCUUGCUGUAUCUGAGAACGCUGAAGUCAUCAUCGCGCUUGAGAAAUUGAUGUCAACAUCACAUACACAUGGCAGGUAGUCUACGAAAAAUGUAAAACAGAAUCCUUCAAUACCCUGCGCUUCAGACACAGGAAAUACUUCUGAAAAUCUUGAUGUGGUAGGUUAUGAUAGUUCGUUUUCUCCCCUCCAUAGCUUUUACAUGAUAAUUGGCACUGUCCAUUUUUUUACAACGGAAAGAAAAGAAAUCACUGACUCGAUGUCGAUUUUCUCUCUGAAACUAAGGGUUCUCCACAAAAUAAGAUGUUCUGAUGCAAAUUAACAACGAAAAAUUCCGAGGACGAUUCCUGACUCUAGCCGUGCUUGCUAUCAGAAUGGAAAAAA